AUGGCGAGCCCACUCUCUGAGAUCACCGCGGCUGUCCGCAUUGCGUACACCAUCUACGAGCUAGGGUUCAGCAAGUACACGAGUGCCCAGCAGGAAUAUCUCGACUUCGGGAAGGACAUAUUGCUUCUUCGAGAUGGCCUCGAUGCCAUCGUUCACUCGAUCGAGGAUGCCGACAGGCUAGGUCCACACGGAACCGUUGAAACCCCACACGACCUGGCUUCUUUCCACACCAUUGUCGGGGAUUUCAAGGAGACGUUGAAACGCUGCGAGAAGCUGAUUCAAAAGAACAGUCAGUUCAGCAGGGACGGCAAUGGUUUCGUGCAGAAUGUCCAAUGGAACUCCGGUCUUGGCAAACACGUCGAAUACUUGAGACAACGAGUAUCUUUCCAUUGUUCAAAGGUAGGGGAGACGAAGGUCCUUAUGUACAAAGACAUCAGGAGAGGUAUAACCACUGUUCAUGAAGAUAUCAUCUUCCACCUCGAAAACAUCAUUCGAAAGCUCGAAAUAGACAUAAACGGCACUCUACUUGCAAUCCCGCCCAUCCUAGAUGAAAAGUUCCGACUUUCCGUCACCCGAUCAGGUUCGCCGAUGCCAUUUCCAAUUGAAAAGGGCGUCGAUGCGCUGGCCCUUCAUCUGGGCAACAGCACGCAGAGCUUUGUGUCCCAACCUUCACUACUGGUUAGGCCGGCCGUAUGUCAAUAUAUCAACCUCAUGAAAAGUGUGUGGCUUGUGCAGCAACUACAAAGGAACCGGGAAUUCGAAGCCCGAUGUCUGGACGUGCUUUGGGGCGCCUACUUUCGCCAGCUCCAGAAGAGGGUCAUCUACGAAUGUAGCCGAUUCUGUGCCCCGAACGAUCCACUGAUUGCGCCCGACGACCAGCAAAUUCUCCAGGAAGCGGACGACAAGUUUGAGAUCUGGGUUCAUUUUGACGAGGUGGACGACUUCGAGGAUCUCACAGAGCCCAGCGGGAUGGAAACACGCAUCUUUCGCGCCACGCUCCCUGACGUUAGCGGGCGCGCACAGCAGAUCUCCGUCCUCCGAAUCAACACGAGUCGGAUCCGGCUUGCGCGCACGCUGACCCGCGGCAAUGACCGGGCGAUUGAAAACUACGAAAUCGAUUCUCAGCGGGUCGUCCUGCUGCCGUUCUACAGCUUUCCGGAAGCGUCGGCCGACGCCAUCAGUCUCGGGUGGAAGGCACAGGCGUCGGACUACCAAAGCCGGGCACUGACGUUCCGCCGCCUAAGUGAUCUCCACCGGCUCCAAGAAGCCAUCACGAACUUUGGCAUUGUGGUCGACCAGCCCGGCGUGGUGUCGGUCCGGAUCAAGGAGUCGGCGUUGGGGUCGCUAAAAAGCAUUGGCGCGGGCGGCCGAGCCCAGAUCUGGCCAACAGCCCCCGAACAAGGCAGGACUCGACCCCUCACCACCGGCGGCUCUUCAUCAGGGUGGAACGGUAGUGGUGGUGGCCCCGGUGGGUGGGCUCGAUCGUACGCGAGCUCGGUCCACGGCAGCACCAGCAUCCAGCAGUCCGGCGGCAAGGCCCUGAUCGAGCAGCCAAUCGCGGCGCAACUGGUGCUGUUCACCGAGCGGAAGAAAAACGGAGUCAGCGUCAAGAGCUUCGUCGCCGUCCAGAUCGACGCGGGCACCCGCCUGAGCCCGGAGAGCUGCCACUGCAACGAGCCGGCGCGGAAGUGCAAGAAGAUGGUCAUCCGGAGCGGCGGCGGCGGCAGCAGUCAUAAAGGUGAUGUCGCCGUCAAGAUCUACGAGACCAAGCCGCGCCACGAAGACGAAUGGAACCUCGCCGUGCUGGGUUACCCGGAGCACGACGACGCCAGCAAGGGCGUCGAGCUGCACAAGGCCAAGUUCUUUGUAAUCGAGUUCGACAGCGAGGAAGCCCGCGAGCACGUCACCACGGCGCUCGAGCAGACUUGCCUCCUCAUGCACGAGCGUGUCCGUAUCUAUCACCAGGACCUGGCCGGCUCGAGGUCUCGAAAUGUGGUUGCGCAGUGA